AUGACUCAAUGGGACGCAUUAGGCAUCAAAAUUGCCUACGAAGAAGCUGUGUGUGGAUUUGAAGAAGGCGGUGUGCCAAUUGGCGGGUGCUUGAUCAACAAUAAGGAUGGUGCUAUCUUGGGCCGUGGUCACAACAUGCGUUUUCAAAAAGGCAGUGCGACACUGCAUGGCGAAAUCUCGACUUUGGAAAAUUGUGGUCGCAUGAAGGGUUCUGUUUACAAAGACUGUACGCUGUAUACCACGCUGUCACCCUGUGACAUGUGUACCGGGGCUAUACUGCUCUAUGGCAUCCCUCGGUGUGUGGUGGGGGAGAAUGUGAAUUUUAAAGGCAACGGCGAGCAGUACCUCACUCAAAGAGGUUGCGAAGUGAGCGUCAUGGAUGACGCCAAAUGCAAAGCAUUGAUGAAAAAAUUUAUAGACGAGAGGCCUCAAGAUUGGUUCGAAGACAUCGGAGAAUAA